GAGGCAGAGACACAGGCAGAGGGAGAAGCAGGCUCCAUGCAGGGAGCCCAACACAGGACUCUAUCCCAGGACCCCGGGGUCACGCCCUGGGCCAAAGGCAGCCGCUCAACCGCUGAGCCACCCGGGCGUCGCUCAACCGCUGAGCCACCCGGGCGUCCCUCCAAAGAUUUUGUUUUUACGUCAUCUCUACACCCAACGUGGGGCUUGAACUCACAACCCUGAGAUCAAGAGUUGCAUGCUCUGCCAACUGAGCCAGCCAGGAGCUGCUCAUUUUACCUGUCCUUGAUCUUCAUAGAAAAAGAACUACCAAGCAGACCCCAAAUGUGGCAGCUGUUAGCAGCAGCAUACUGGAUGCUUCUUCUUGGACCUAUAUAUGGUUAUCACAAGAAAGGGAGUAUCGCAAAUCCUGAAGCUAAUAUGAAUAUUAGUCAGAUUAUUUCCUACUGGGGUUACCCUCAUGAAGAGUAUGACGUCGUGACCGAAGAUGGUUAUGUCCUCGGAAUUUACAGGAUUCCUCGUGGAAGACGGUGUCCAAGAAAAACUGGGAGGCCUGUUGUGUAUUUGCAGCACGGCUUGAUCGCGUCCGCCACUAACUGGAUCUGCAACCUCCCCAACAACAGCUUGGCUUUCCUUCUGGCAGAUUUCGGUUAUGACGUGUGGAUGGGGAACAGCCGGGGAAACACCUGGUCCAGGAGACACCUGAAGGUUUCCCCCAAGUCUCGAGAGUACUGGGCCUUCAGCUUGGAUGAGAUGGCUAACUAUGAUCUCCCGGCCACAAUCAAUUUUAUCUUGGAGAAAACAGGACAAGAGCGACUCUAUUACGUGGGCCACUCCCAAGGCACCACCAUAGCCUUCAUAGCAUUCUCUACAAAUCCAGAGCUGGCUAAAAGGAUUAAGAUAUUUUUUGCAUUGGCUCCAGUCAUCACAGUGAAAUACACCCAGAGUCCUCUGAAAAAAUUUACAACUCUUUCCAGGGAAGUAGUCAAGGCAUUAUUUGGUGACAAGAUGUUCUACCCUCAUACGUUUUUUGACCAAUUCAUUGCCACAAAGGUGUGCAGCCGGAAGCUCUUUCGUCACAUUUGCAGCAACUUCCUAUUCACGUUGAGUGGAUUUGAUCCGAAAAACUUAAACAUGAGUCGCUUGGAUGUUUACCUGGCGCAGAGCUCCGCGGGAACGUCUGUCCAGAACAUGCUGCACUGGGCGCAGGCUGCGAACUCCGGUCUCUUCCAAGCUUUUGACUGGGGAAACCCUGCUCAGAACAUGAGGCACUUCCACCAGCGGACGCCUCCCUUGUACGAUGUGACCAAGAUGGAAGUGCCGACCGCCGUGUGGAGUGGAGGACAUGACCGUGUGGCCGAUCCUAGGGAUGUUGAGAAUCUCCUCCCUAACAUCACCAGGCUUAUUUAUUACAAGCUGAUCCCGCACUACAAUCAUGUGGAUUUUUACCUCGGACAGGAUGCACCCCGGGAGAUCUACCAAGACCUCAUUGAGCUGAUGGACGAACAUUUGCAAAAUUAAAUAGCAUUCUCCGUUCUCCAAGCAAGUGGAUUUUUGAAAUAACGUGGCACACAGACCCUAAGGUGAGCCCUCUAGUGACUUCCACCUCCCAGCGUCCGUGUGCUGGUGGAGUCCUCUCCCCGUUGAGGCGGGGAGGGCCCUGAGCCUUGUCCGUGGCCCACAGAACGGGCCAAGGUAACGGUGUCACACCCCCAGGGCAGAUCGCGUUCACGGCACAGAUGAUGGGACGUCGCUUCCUGGUUGCACCAUAUUAUACGAGAAGCCACCUAAACAGACCGGAGAAGAGAGUCCCCUUGUGGGCCUGAUGAGCUAAACAGGCAUGGGGAGGCGGUCUUCAUGGCAAGGAACCCAUGUGCCUCGUAGGGUCUGUAGGCGGCCUCCGGCCCAGAACCAGCAAACACACACCUGCGACACGAAUCACAUCCAAAUCCUGAGCUGGGGAGCCCGCCACGCCCCGUAAAGCCUCAGCUGAGAACACAGGCUGGCCACACCUCGCUUGCAGCCUGGAGUCCCUGCGCGGAGGAACUAGCUGUGCCCUGCAUGCCCGAUGACCCCAUGCAAGAGUGAGAAAAUAGAUGUUCAUCCUUCUGAACCCCCAAGUUUGUGAUUUCUUGGCAGCAAUGGCAAACCAGCCUUAAUAGCAAAAAUAAACUGUUAUCAUUAUUGUGA